GCAGCGGCAGAAGAAGGACGGAUUCCUGGCAACGCCGCAACAAAGCUAACGUUAACCAUGUACUGCUAAACCGUGUGAAUGCAUCAGCUUCGCAAACAUGUACUUAGGUGUUUAUCUGGAGUGUUUACCAACUGAUACCUACCUCAUAGCUUCCUCAAAGGCGCGUUAACACAUUCACAAUGGAAUUUUUUAACGAGCCAAGCUAGCCCAGCUAGCACACUUUGUCUUCGUCGCAGUGACAAACGGUUGACUAGCUAACCAGAACGAGUUGUUGUUAGCUUCGGGCUAGUUUUGGCGAAUAUGGCAAUUGUGUCUGGGUCCUGUGCCAGGGUAAACGGGUCUAGAAACGGGCCUCCUGUGUCAGCUACACCUUCUGGAUCUGUCGGGCAGUCUCAGCCCAUGAUAGCGGUGUGGGAAUGGCAGGAUGACCAGGGUUACUGGCGGCCUUACAGCGGCCAGGUGAGCGCCUACAUCGAGCGAUGUCUGUCACCGCGGGGCCACAGAGGAGGAGCACCCGGCUCUACGAGCAUCUGUCUCGGACAAUCAGACCCCAGCCUGUCGCCUUACCUCAUUGACAUACCAAGCUUGAAGCAGUUUCGACAGGACACAGGUAAGACCCGGUCAGUACGCCGGUCUCUGUUUGCCCAGUCCUCCGGCCUUGGUAGUGGUGUUUACUGGGAAUGGGCCAACGAUGAAGGAGGAUGGACCCCAUAUGAGACGCGAACCUCUAUCCUUUUGGAGCACAGCUAUCAGGCUCGCCAAGGCACAGCAGAUCUGGGCCCGCAUGGAUACAAUUAUAUAGUGGAUCUCACAUCUCUGGCGCAGGUUAACAAAUCGACGGGUUUCAGACGCCAGGUGCGACGCCAGUGCAACCUCCCCUACCCGCUGGCUUCUUCCGGACCCCCAGCUAUCCCCUCGGGCCCCGCCUGCUCCUGCCAGCAGUGUUUAAGCCACAGCAGCACCGGACCCAUGCCGAGCCGUUCGCGACAUUCCUUCUCGUCAGGGAGUCUGAACCGGCCUAGUCUUCAAGGUACAGGAAGGGCUGUGGCGGCUCAUCCUACUUCUGUCUACUCCCCAUACCCCAGGAGACCUCUCUCAGUUGGUGGCAUGUCCUGGGGCAGCCCCUGGGCUCCACCGACAUCUGGCAGUCAACUUUCUGCACCUCUGACCAACUCUACCAGUGCCAAUGGGUUAAGUGUUCCUUCCAUCUCUGUGCAGCUGAAUGGAUCCACCAGCGUGAGCUCUGCCCUAGCAGGCAUGGCCUCCAUUUUGAUGUCAGCAGUGGGACUCGGCGUGCACUUCACCUCUGCCCCUCUCCCUCAGCAGCAGCAGCAUCCGCCGCCACAGCAUCAGCAGCCUGCUCCUUUCUCUCUUCCUCCUCCUCCUCCUCUCCUUCCCCCAGCCAACAGGCCCAUCAAGCCCCACAGCAGCAGCAGCACCAGCACCAGCAGUUCAGUUAGGAGAGCAAAGAGGCAGCACAGGAGAGCAUCAACUCAGAGACCCGAGGACGUGAUUCAGCGCUACAUGGAGGUGGUGGUUGGAGUACAAGACGAGGACUGUAUUAUCUGCAUGGACCAACUGUCCAACCCAUCUGGCUACGAGACCCCAUCCACAGAGGAGGGAGGCCAGAGCAUCCAGCCAGACACUGUGGGAAAAUUCAUCAAAUGUGGGCACACCCUGCAUAUGCUCUGCAUGCUGGCCAUGUACAACAAUGGAACGAAGGAUGGCAGCUUGCAGUGCCCCUCGUGUAAGACAAUCUACGGCGAGAAGACGGGCACCCAGCCGAAAGGCAAGAUGGAAAUAUACAGCAUCGCACAGUCGCUGCCAGGCCACCCAGACUGCGGCACCAUCCAGAUAAUCUAUAGCAUACCACCCGGCAUACAGGUACUGCUGCUGGUGCUUCUGUUUCUUUCAGCUGCUCCUUCUCUGCCUCCAUCUCACCCUCCACCCCAACCCUCUGCAUGCGCUCCUCCGCUACAUCCACGAAUCUUCUCUGAGGUCUUCCUCUUUUCCUUCUCAAUCAUCAUCCUUUGUUCAGCAUAUCCACUGUCCCCCAUUUGCACAUGUCCCACGUGUCUCAGCCCGAGCUGUCCCUCUGAUGUACUCACUCCUAAUCCUCUCCCUUCUGGUCUCCAAGCAAAAAUCUCCCCGUGUCUCACAAGUGCUCCUUGUGUUUCUGCUGUAAAGGUCCUCGAGCUGCUGAAGGUGGCGUGGAUGCGGCGUCUCAUCUUCACCGUGGGAACGUCCAGCACCACCGGAGAGCCCGACACAGUGGUGUGGAACGGCAUCCACCACAAAACCGAGAUGAUGUCCAACUUGUCGGGCCACGGCUACCCUGACCCCAACUAUUUGGACAAUGUUCUGUCUGAGCUGGCCUCUCAGGGCGUGACAGAGGACUGCCUCAAACCCCCAGGAAGCGGCAGCGGCGCCAGCUAGGCCUCAGCUCCGAGCUUCGCACGCUUCCACUCACUGCUAACCCACCGAGAGUUAACCCUCCUGAAUCCUCUGCUCUGUGCCCAGGUGGACUUCCUGCAACAUCUGUGUGUUAAUAAAUUCAUGUCAGCGUCCACCCAAACCUCAUGGAGUGAGCGAAGGGAGGGAAAGUGAGCUAAAUAAAAGCCUUGAAUCCUCUUUGAGAGGAGACACAGUUGGAGUAGAA